AUGGAUGCCUCCAAGACUCCCACUAAGCUGGUGAAGGUGACCCGUGUUCUCGGCCGUACUGGUUCGCGUGGUGGUGUCACCCAGGUGCGCGUUGAGUUCAUGGAUGACCAGACCCGUUCUAUCAUCCGUAACGUCAAGGGACCCGUCCGCGUCGACGACAUCCUCUGCCUGCUCGAAUCCGAACGCGAGGCCCGCCGUCUCCGAUAA